UACAGUUUAUAAUAACUUACGCAUACUUAAAGUUAAUUCUGAAAUCUGGACGCUAGACAAUAAUAAAUACUGAAGAGAAUUAAGAAUUAUAAAUAAAUAAUCGUUUGAAAAGUGUGUGCUGGCACUUGACCAGCACUGUAGCUGUGAAUUUUCUCUGUGAAAAUAUUUAAGGAAUUAAAUGAGGAAUGUCAAAAUGGUCAAAAUAAUAGAAUGCUGAAAACAUGUGCGUUCAGGGUAUAAAAUGAAAAAUAAAGCUUCAAAUGACAGAACAAAACAAAGCAAUAUUCAUAUUGACAGGGGCGAAUAGAUUACAAAGAUAACAACUUGGGCGAAUAGAUUACAAAGAUAACAACUUGGGCAAAGAUAACAACUUGGGCGAAUAGAUUACAAAGAUAACAACUUGGGCAAAGAUAACAACUUGGGCGAAUAGAUUACAAAGAUAACAACUUGUACAACAGAAUUCACAUAUGCAUAGUUUACAUAUAUAUUAUAUGUGUGUUCUUGAGCUUAAAACCAUGGAUACUUAAAUAUCGCAUCGCCUCACACUGCUUGUGUGGUAAAAAAUGUUAUGAGUAGAAAUAGGUAAAAUAAAGAGAUUUUGCUUAAAGCUAAAGAAGAUGUGAACAUUAACGAUUCAAAUAAAAUCAGAUAAAAUACAAACAAGAAAAAUCAGUUUAUAAACACGAGGGAUUAUACGGCUUUAUACGGCGUCAGAGAGCAGUUAUUAAAUAUCUAGGAUUACACAGUUUUUUUUUCUACGUUUAAAAUGGCGUUUCUUUGUCCGAGCAGACUUGGGCGAAAUAAACAAAAAAGAGGUUAUUAUAGCAUGAUGAGGAAGCUGACGAAGGGCAGAGGUUUAGAUACAAUAACGCUGGAAGAUCUAGUGAAGUUAAGCUGGACAACGCCAGAUUCACGUCGCAUCAUUCUACAGAACUUUACCUCGUGCGAGCCACAGGAAGUCACUGUAAAACAAGGUCAAAAGGUCAACUACAUCUACAGGGAAGGUGACUGGGCAUAUGUUGUCACAGACGACAAAAAAGAAGGGUUCGUGCCAUUCACAUUUCUUGCAAAGAUUGGCGUACCUUCUAAACCAGCGCCAAGGAUAAUAGACACAGGGACAUACACAAAGAAAGUGGGUGAUUUGAACCCUCGUAAUUUUUCUGUUGAAAGUGAAGAAACUGACCACAGUGGAAGUGAUCUAGCUGACGACUCCUUCAUUUCCUCGGACUGGUCCGCUGACUCUGGAUCAGUUGUUACCAUUGAAGAACAACCGUCAGUAAAUUAUCUACAGACAGAACCUAUUGAUAAAUUACCAAUGUUCUUUGAAGUAUUUCUGGAUGAAAGGACUAAUAUAUUACACAAAAAUCCGUUGCCACUGACAGGAACAUGCGAUGACAGAGAAACCCACGCAGACGGCAUUGGAAAACCUUCAUACUCCCCACAGUUUAAAGUGAUGUACAAUUUUGCAGGCAAAGAUGUAUAUGACGUUCCAGUGCACGUUGGCGAUAUUGUGCAUCUAUUAGACGACAGUGACCCAGGCUGGUUCUGGGUGCGCAAACUUGAUGGAACUGAAGGUUACGUACCUAGCAACUACAUUACUGAAAUAAAUGAACCAUCUACAGAAUAUCAACACGCAAAUGACGAGGAAAAAGCAGGAAGCAAACAUGAUCACCCAGAAAAUAUCAAACCUGAUGACCAUCAUAUUAAAGACAUGAAGUCCAAUAUAACUGUAUUUCCAACGAACUGGAAAGUGACAAAUGAUCUAAGUGGUAAAAAUCAAACCAAUGUUGCUAUAUAUAGUACUGAAGUAGCUAAUAAUACAAAGAAACAGAGACCAAAGAAGCCGCCAAGAAAGAAGAAAGGUAGUUUGGAUGGCUUGUCGCCGAGGUUGGACGAGUCCAUAGAUUCUAUAGAUACCUGUCUCACAGACAGUAGUAUGGAAUAUUUAGAUUACCAGACCAAGUCUUCUUGUGACGAAUUCUCUCCGCGAUCUAACGACUUCAGCGAUUGCUCUGUUUUCGACAGAAGCUUUAAUGGAGAAUACAACUACAGACAAUGUGUAAACACAUUUUCAGACUCUGAAUUAUCACCAAGGUCUUUGAAUAUUCCAAUAGACGAUGAUAAUGACACGAUUACGGGUAUGGAACCUGACUUAACGCAAAUCAAAAGUGAUGAAAAUUAUAAAGACAAAAGAAAAGACAGCAAGAACGACAGAGAAGUUAUACGUGAUAAAGUGCUGCCAAAAUAUCUAUCUGAAGUAAAUGGUAAUGAGAGAGAAGAUAGCCGACAGCAUGUAGCAGAAAGAAAAACUGAGAAUAAAGUCAGCAGUGUACAUCAACUUGAAAAUCAUAAGACGGACUACAAUGGUAGAAAUGUGCCAUGUGAAAUUGGUGACUCUUUUGAAAGUAAAUCAAGCCACGGACAAAAACAUAAACGUCCUGUGUCAAUGCCAGCUUUCAAAUCAUACCAGGAGUACAAGAAAGAUUACUUUGAUGAAUAUUUCUAUGACGACAGAGAUACAAAAUUUUCCAAUAGAUCCAAACACGACGUUGUCAAUGUAGCAGAAAUUCUAAAAAUGCGGAAAACAAUUGAACAGCGAAAACACUCCCAUUCAAAUGAAAAACAAAGAGCACAUAUGAAACGAAACCCAGAUGAUCAUUAUGGGAUGAGAAAAGUGUCGUCUGCGGCUGAGCACAAAAAUCAACACAUCCAAAAUGAACAAAGCCGUAAUGAACAAAAAGAAAGUCGUGACACUCAUAAUAAACCAAAGCUAAAGCAGUUCUUGUUGAACUUACCAUCAACAAAGAUAGAAAAUCAAACAGCGAACAUGGAACACCAAAGCAGUAACAAACUUCAUUCUUAUACGAAUGAUGAUAACGUAGUAAAAGAAACAAUCAAACAGCAAGCGAGAAAAAGAUAUAAUUCUACGAGUGAUAUGCAAAACAAAUGUACAAAUACAAAAGGAGAAUAUGAAUUUGAAACAGGCGCAAGAAGAGACAAUACACAUGACAAAAAGGCCUUUCACAAAACGCAUAAUAUAAAAGCAAUGAAAACUGAAAUCAGACAGUACAAUUCAUCAACUGAUUUGAGACAAGUAGAUGCCACACAUCUAAAAGGGAAAAGGGGACAUAACGAAGUCAAUUAUCAAGCUCGCAAAAUGUCUGAAAACAAGGAAAAUUAUUCAAACAAAGAGAAAAAGACCCAUUUGCGACCUUACAAUUCUUCAACAGACUUGCGAGAGAUUGGUGGGAAGCCAGACUGGUCCUUUGGGUAUCCAAGGAGAACUCGGCAAAGUAUUGGCAGAAAAGAAAAUGAAAGACCUGUCAAUGAAAACACUAAGGGCAGCAAGAGAAGUACAGAAGACAAUAAUAACAGAAAAAGUAAAAAUGAAUACGAAACAGAAGACAGAGCACACAAAGUUAACAACUUUGAAGUAAGAAAAAACAUAGAAGACAAUGCACAGCAGGCAGAAAAUGUCGGUACGACUGAUAAUUCAAAUAAGACAAUAGAUUACUGUGACGGAAGGUAUAAAGGAGAGGAAUGUAAUGAAGAUGUUCCUUUUGAUGAUAGUGCGAUGAUGGCCAUAUUAAGCCAAACAGAUAAUUUGUUAUACAAGACAGACAAACUCUUGCACCGUGAUGAUGGUUUUGGUAAACAAAAAAUUAGUAAAUUACUGGAUCAAAAUAUAUUGCACAAAAGUAAUAUAUCAGACAAAACUGACAAACUGAUAGACAAGGGUGAUCAUAACGAUAUGACAGGGCGCACAUUUGCCUCACAUACAGAAAGAGUUGACACAAAUGCAGCUGAAAAAUGCUACCAGUUUCUAAACAACAGUACAAUUGGAAUUCAUGGUAUGACUUACUCUGUGACAACAGAAAACCAAAUGAAUGGUGACAAUAUUUCUACCAAUACAUCACCAGAGAAACAGCUUGAUUCCGGAGCUUUAUAUAAUGCUUCAGGUAGUGGUAAAACUGAAAGCAAUGAUUCCAGAAAAGAGAAAAGUAACGUUGUGAAAGACAAUUCGAGUAAAAUCGUAUCUGCUGGACUAAAAUCUCUUGAUCUAAAGGAUAUAAGGGGUAUUACUGAGUUUGUUUGUCAGUGUGACUGUGACACAGAUAUUGAUGGCAUGUUGCCAAUAAAGCGCGGGGAAAUCGUGCAUAUUGGUCUCGAUGGUCAGGAUAAUAAUGAAUGUUACUGGGCCUUUAGUCCGAGACUCAAAAAGUACGGAUUUGUAUCCAAACAACAUGUUAAAAUACCUUUGGUUACCAUUAUAUAGAUCAACAUUUUUAAAAUUCAAAAACGGUAUGUAAUGCAUGCAAUAAUCUACAAAGAAAAUGUUCCUGUAAACAUAGUUUGUUCACUUUUGUCAUCUUCAUUUAAAAUAUGUUAAUAUCGGAAUAAAAGGAAAAGUUAGUUUUACCAACAGAAAUUAAAACAAGUCACUUAUA